AUGCCAGCACGCCGGUCGUUGUUCCAGUCGCUCGUCCAGCACCGCCGGCUGUCCUCGCUCCCGCCGCGUGCACGCCGACAGCUCGACGCGCCCUUCGAGCCGGCGGUGCUUGCGCCCAUCGGCGUUCUACGCAGCCCCUACCCAGAUCGUUUCGGCUGCCCUCGGCAGGCAGUGUGUGCAUCGGCUGUUGAGGGCGAAGGCGCGCUGGCGACGGUCGAGCUUCGCGGCGACUGGCACCUCGAGGCUGCCGGCUUCGAGCGCAUCUGGCUCAUCACCCUGCUGCACCGUUCCCGCGGCUGGCGGCCAGUGGUGUCGCCGCCGCGCGGAGGCCGCCGCGGCGUCCUCGCCACCCGCUCACCCGACCGGCCCACGCCGCUGGGGCUGUCUUCGGUCCGCCUGCUCUCCGUCCAGCACCUCACGCUGCGGGUGCGAGGCGUCGACCUCCUCGACGGCACUCCGGUCCUCGACAUCAAGCCGUACGUCCCGUACUGCGACAGCUUCCCCCAAGCGGCGGCGGGGUGGGUGGACUCGCUGCCGCCCGAGGAGGGGGGCGCGGGAGCGGCGGACUUUCAAGGGCUGCGACUCAACCGCCAGCAGGAGGAGAGGCUGAGGCAGGCGAGGACUGGCGAGGAGGAGGAGAGGGAGAGAGGCUGA